AUGCGCCUAUUAUUAGCUCUUUGGAACAGCGUGAUCGUGGUGUUAAUAGCCUCGUCUCAGGUUACGGAAGCUGUCUCGAAGAUUGAACCAUGCGGCGAAGUCAGCAGCUUAUGGGCUGCUCAGAUUGGAAGCACCACCACACCAACUGUGGCCGCCUCUCUUGCUCAUGCUUGCCUGAACACGAUCCCUCUCCACAAGGACGCGGGUAUCCAGUUGAUUGACGCCUUGGAGCCGUAUCUGGAGUGGCAGUCGGACGCGGCCUACAAGGCAGAUCCGCCUGCCGAUUACUUCUACCCGCCCCACGAUAUCUUCAAGGCACUGGCUAGCGUCAGGGAAGAUCUCGUGGCGGACAAAUACACUAACGAAUACGAGUUUCAAGCGGAUCUUUAUGCUCGAGUCUUUGGUCCAGCACACGAUGGACACUUCGUCUUUUAUCCAGAUGCGUUGACCAUCGCGUUUGAGUGGACACGUCCGAAGCCAAUCGUGUCAAUCAGCGAAAAUGGACAUGACUUGCCCGUGAUCAAGCUCUAUGAGGAUGUAGUUAGGGACCCAAAGACAGCGCCCAUAAUAACAAAGAUCAACGGGAUUGAGGCCUCAAAAUUCGUCCUGGACACCAUCACAACGGCCUCUUUCAACCAGGAUGGGGAUGCCGCUUACAACUCCAUGUUUUACUCGAAAGCGUUCACGGCGGCUACUGCAGGUACUGAAGGAUACUUUACAGGCGGCGGCCGCACCCGAUACAUUUAUCAGGGCCCAGAGACGACAUUUACCUUUGACAAUGGAACCAACGCAACCUUUGAGAACACUGCGUCGGUCAAGGCGAAUAUGACGGGCAUCGUGGACGGCCAGUCCUAUUUUGAUACCCUUUGCGUUCUGAGUAUCGAUGGUCUGCGCAGGGUUGUACCUGCUACCAUCGCCGCGAGAGCUCAACCGGGCCAGAACCCCGGAUACCCCGAGCCAGUCCUGGCAACUGACGACGGUAUUGCGUCUGGCUACUUUCUCAACGGUGACGGUUUCGAUGAUGUCGCGGUCAUCUCGAUCCUCACCUUUGAUCCCAGCUCCCCACCCCAAUUCCAGGCCGUUGUCCAGAACUUCUUUGCGGAAGCGGUGACCGCCGGGAAAUCGAAGCUCGUGGUGGAUUUCCAGGGCAACCCCGGAGGUUUCAUACCGCUGGGCUACGACUUCUACGGUCAACUCUUUCCGCAAGUCCGAGCAGAUGGGUUCUCGCGAUGGAAGCUCAGCCCGGAGUUCGAGACCCUCGCCCAUGUCUACAGUAACAUUUCUCGGGGCGUGGAUCCCUUCACUGAGGCCGAUAUUGAAAAGGUUGAAGCGUAUCUGUCGCCGGAGAAUUGGCGCUUCGACCUGGACUUCUUUGUGGACAAGAUUGGGCCAAGGGUCUUCAAGGAUAUAAAAUACACGGCUCUCAUGCGGUGGAACUGGAGCGAUCCUCUCAUUUCGACGAACUUCACAGUCGGAUUUGGCACUGAGAUUUCAGGGUAUGGAUCCCGCGCAAAUCUCACUCAACCGUUUCUGCCGGAGAACAUUGUCCUUCUUUAUGACGGCUCCUGCAGCUCGACUUGCACCUUAGCAUCCGAAUUCCUCAGAAUCAACGGAGGCGUCAAGUCCGUUGCUUUCGGUGGCCGGCCGAAGAAAGGCCCGAUUCAGGGAGUCGGUGGAGUGAAGGGUUCGCAAGUCUACCAGUUCGGCGAUAUUUUCCAGCUCGCUGAGCAUGGGAUACUUCUUGGCUCGAGUCCAGCGAAUGCGGAGGCACUGCAGAACGUUUCAACCCUACCGAUUGCGCGGAGCACGGCGGCGUCGGUGAAUGUGCGAGACCAGAUCCUCCGAACAAACACGGACGAUGGCCUUCCGGCGCAGUUUGUCGUCGAACAUGCCGACUGCCGGCUCUAUUGGACAGCGUCCAUGAUCACGGAUAUCACCGAGGUCUGGAAGGCUGCUGCCAACGCAGCCUUUAACAAUGCCGAGUGUGCAAAUGGUGGCAUUGAGUACCGAGCUCCGAAGGAUCUUGUCCGACCCGAUGCGAACCCAAAGCUUCCUAUGGCUAGUGAUUUUGACAAGAUAGGGGAUGCACGACACUCAUCAGGGCUGUGGAAUGCAAAGUUUCGUCUCCGUACUACAGCCUGA